ACAACAAACCAAUGUACAUGUAGGAUUGGUCGGUGUUUUCCUUGUUUCUGUGGCGAUUUCUGGUGCAGUGAUAUUUCCGAAUAACUACGUCAUUGAAUGGAUGGAAAGACGUAAUUUUUUUUCCGACAUUGUACGUCUUGUGAGGAACUAUUUUGGGUCCCAAACCAUGCCUGUGGGACACUGGAAGUGCAGGAAUACAGAGUACCCAAGAUCUGAUGGUGUGUUUCGCUUCAAAGUCCCGGACGAUAAAGUCUUAUGGACUACGCCAUUCAUAGAGUACAGGCCGGUCGAAUACACAGCGCCCUCUGUCAAAAGUCAGCCUCCAUGGGCAGACCCAGAGUUACGUGUGCCCAAUCCCCCCACUCUGAAGUGGAAUGCCAUAGAUGGGAAAGUCAACAGGAAAAGUCACAUGGGAAGAUAUGAAAUCCAUGACAAUGUGCCAAGAAACCCUCAAGGUAGAACAGGGAUAAUAGGCCGUGGCUUACUGGGGAAGUGGGGGCCAAACCAUGCCGCAGAUCCUAUUGUUACACGAUGGAAAAGAACAGCAAAUGGGGACAUCGCCGCAGACCGGGAGGGUAAAAAUGUUCUGCAGAUUGUUGUAGUCCAGAGAAGAGACACACAUGAGUGGGCUUUACCAGGGGGCAUGGUUGAUAUUGGGGAGCACAUUUCAGUGACGUGCAAAAGAGAGUUCAGUGAAGAGGCCCUUAACUCCUUGCAAGCUGACCCGGUUGAGAAGAAGAAAAUUGAGCAGUCUGUGGCAGCCCUGUUUCAUGGGGGUAAAGAAAUUUAUAGAGGGUAUGUGGAUGACCCUAGGAACACUGACAAUGCCUGGAUGGAGACUGUGGCCUAUAACUUCCAUGAUGCAGAUGGCACAAGUGUCGGCAAGUUUAAACUAAACGCAGGUGAUGAUGCUAUGGGUGUUAACUGGAUGGAUGUGAGUCGUAACCUGAAACUGUAUGCCAGUCAUAACGACUUCGUCCGUCAGGUGGCCAGGUCACACAGUGCCAGCUGGUGACAUGUAAACAACUCAGAAGCUCACAGUAGAUAUGUAUACCCCAUUGUUAGCCAUUACCAUAAGCCACCGUGUCAUACACAUGUACAUUUUGUAGGUAUAGAUUCUCAUCCCUGUUUUUAUGUGUCUCAUGGUGCCAUUGUUUAGCCUGAAUCUGAACUCCACCACAAUGGACUGACAUUGGGCAUGAUUUAUUGUAUGUCUUAUAUAACCAGGUAGAUAUCCAUUUUCUUUAACCUUUUCGUAUGUUCAAGGGUCAACUCCAAACACAAUUUACACAUCCAGCGUAAUCUGUGAUUGUGGAGAAUAAUUUAUGUUUGGUGGUUUGGACUACAUGAGGGCUUGACUGAAAAUCUGAUGAUUUCGGCUUGAGUGGAAAAACAGCACUACAGUAUGCUUAAAACAUCACCAAAUGAACAUGCAAAAGGUUGAUGAAAUAUGGCAGUUCAUUAUGGGACAGAUUCUGACCUGCCUGAGUAAUGCGUAAGUGUGGUACUUUGCAUAUGGCAUAGUAGCAUUUCUGUAAAAGUCUCCAUACACUGCUGUAUGGCCAUACACUUACUGUGUACAGAGAUGUAAUUUAGUUGUAUGAUAUCAUCGUGAAAACUAGGAUUUUAGAUGUAUAGAAUAUUAAGUCUUUGUUUUACAGGUAUAUAUUUUAUGGCAUUUGGAUUUCAGUGUACAUGCAGUUAAAGUUCCAAGUGUAAACACUUUUGUCUUAAUAUUAUGAUAUAAGAGACUCCUUCCUUCAGAAUGAUCCCAUAGUGAUUCUUUGUUAAGAGACAGUGGAAUUUUGUCAAUCGCCUACCAAGCAGUGUGAGGUUACAUUAGUCAGUUCAAAUUGUAUACUUUAGUCCAUGUAGCUUUUUGGGGUAGUUGAAUGCCGACCCAACGUUGAAGGGAAAUUGCUGUUUUAAUAAGCAUUUAUUAAGUGACACAUUUUUUUUUUUAAUUCUGAUUGAUCCAUCCAUAUUUUAAGGCCAGUUAAUUUUUUUUUUUUUUGUCAAGUCUGAUUAAAUUUAUUCUGAGAAAAAUGUAAGUGUUGGCCUCAAAAGUAUCAUUAUAAAGCCUUCAUGUUCUUUGUAAAGUGCAUUUUUACACACCAAACUUCAGGUAAAAUACAGUAAGCCAACAAAACAUUCAUAAACUGUGCUUUGCACGCCAUGUUUUGCAAGCACAGCACAUUGUACUCACUGCUUCACUGAUAGGGCAUAUGUUGGAGGAGCCAUCCAGCCACCUUCGUUUCUCAACUAAACAUAAGCUAUUCCAUCCAUUUGGGAUGAACUGUUUAAAAUAUUUAUUGUUUUACCAAGAUGUGCAUGUACAUAUAUACAUCAUUACUGUAGGUACGUGUACCAUAUAUUUAUCUCAUUUAUGUAAAAAUUUGACCUGCAGUUCUUUCUCCUACUUGUUAGAAACUCUAACAUGUGUUUAAAGGUAGUUGUCAAGGCUAACUGUAUAGGGCAAUGGACCCCCCUGCAUUUUUUGUUAUAGUUUUUUGUAAGAUCACUGAUUCCUGUGUAUCAGAGAUUUCAAGGUUUAUGUGAGAUUGUACGAUACGACAGUCCUGUUGGAUAUUUAACCCUGUUACAUUGAUCACCGUUACGCAGAUAUCUAUCCUGAGGACUCACACGUCCAGUCACACGUCCAUCAUGUAGUGUGAGUACCUUAUCUAGUAAGACUUUGACAGAUACAGUGUAACAGAGCUAUCAACUCUCGUUGAUCAUUUGAAACAGAGAUAGAUUAUAAUGAGGCGCAGGCUGUGAACCGCACUGGUUUACGCCUGUUUCUGUGUAAUUAGCAUUUGUUACAAUGUACACACGAUCACAUGUGACAUUUUACCUGGUCUUUUUAGCAUAGCUGGAUCAAUCCAUUCCUGCUCAGAGCAUUUCUGCACAUCCAUUCAUCAUUUGCAUUCAUUAACCUGGAUGGUUGUAGACACGAGCGUUAAGUAGAUGGUAUCAGAUGUGUACAUGUACAGAUGGUAUUAUAAAUUACAUGAUAAAAUAUAUAUAAACAAUUACAUCUGUAAGUGAUAAGCAAUCAUUGAGAUGAUAAAACCAGUGCACGAUACAAAAUGUUUGGUUCACGAAUCAGAUAUGGUUUGAGAUUCUUUUUCUUUAAUUUUAUGUAGCAGCUUUUAGGUUCGUUUUGUAAGCAUGUUAACAAACAGCUCCUUCUAACAAGGCAUCAUUGUGAACAUCCCAAGAUUGUAGGUAUCCCUGUACCCUUUCAGUAAUUAGGUGAUAGGUCACUUGUCUCAUCCAGGUGUCAGUUGACUGUGAUUAUACAAUAUAAUUUACUAUAUGUGCCUUUAUAAUAAUAUUCAUAUCCUGUAUCAGAGAAAAUGUUUUGUCAUAUUUCUUCAGACAGUGUUUCCGUAAGUUACACAAAAUGUAAAAUCUGCCGUGCAUAUAUUGAUAUGGAUUACUUUAAAAAUGAACAAGAAACUGUAUUAGCUACACUUAUUGAUAUAAAACAAUAUUCAUGCAUUACUGUACAUGUAUGUCUUUUACAUUUCAGAUUUACUAGUGCCGACUCUCUAUGAAAGUGUUCAGUUUUCUUUUCUUAAUAUAUGUCAUUACUUAUUGUGUAUUACAGGAUAUAAUUUGUUACAUUCACAUUAUAUUACCAAAAAUGCUAAUGAAAUAUCCAUUGCCUUUUUUUUAUAUUUUCAAAAAUAAUUUUUAUACGAUCUCCGGAAAUUGUAAUUCUGUUGUUGGAAAUUAACUUCAUAUUUAGACAGUUAAAAUUAUAACUUUAAUGGACUUGACAUUCACAACAUAUUUAUCUGUAUGUAUGUGUGUGUGUGUGUUGUGUGAAACACCAAGAGGGCACGGUUAGGACUGCUUCAGCUUGCCAUACCAGAGGAGGUUCUACUGUGACACGACGCAUUAUAACAUGUAUAUAGCUUUUAUACCUUUCCUCUCUCAAUGUAUUAAACCAACAGGUUAUCUUCUUUCUUUCUAGAUUAAUUAUUGCUCCAACCAUGUCAACUUGAAAUGUGACUAUUUUUUGCACAUCAGUACUGUGGAAUAUUGUGUGAAUUAGAAUUAGCAAAUUCAGAUGGUUUAGAUUAAGAUAAGAUUAUGAUACGAGCUAAAUGAGCUAUAUUAAACCAAGGUUUUCCCGGUAGAACAGACAGAUCAUUGAAAUAACGUCUUUGGUGAUUAUGUUAAUGACACAUGUACCCUGAAGUACUGCUGAAAUAAAUUAUCAGUGCUAUAAUGAGAGAACUCAUUUGUUAAGGCUAGCCUCAUCAUGGUAUUAUUACAUAUAUUUGGGAGUAUGUAUCAUUAUAUGUCUGUGUCAGUGUAGUAGGCCUAAUGUACAUGAGUACACAGUUAGUUCUCGUAAAUCCUUACCUAGCUGUCCUGCCUCUCUAGACCAAUUUCCACGAUACAUAUUAAACCAGAACUGUUCGCCGCCGCUUGUGC